CAACUUUAUGGUAUUCCAAUGUUUGCUUAUCUAUACCCAUGCCACCAAUUAGCUUUCUCCACUUUCCGUUCUAGGCUCCAGUCAAAACGAUCAAAACCCCCGUCCCCCACCUAUUCUCCAAUUCAGACACUUCUUUUCAUAUGGGUCUUCUCCGGGUGCUCCGACUAGGGAUGUUGAAAUUCCAAACCCUAAUAAAAGGAAUCAGGCGAAAUGAAUUCUAGGUCCGAUUCGAUCAGGGAGACGAAUGUCUCGAGAGAAGCGAGAAGCUCACAACCCAACGACAACAGCAGUCAGGGUAAACCUGCCGUGGGUAAUGAAGAUGAAGUCGAACUCGAAUAUCUCUCCGGAGUCAACUUGGCCUUGGUUAUACUUGCGGUUAUUGCAAUCGCUUUGCUUGUCAUGCUUGAUAUGUCCAUAAUCGCUACGGCAAUCCCUAAAAUCACGAGUGACUUUCACUCUACUACUGGAGUUGGUUGGUACGGGAGUGCGUAUUUAUUAACAAGCUGUACUCUCCAGCCUAUGUCAGGCAAGUUAUAUUCUCGGUUUAAUGUCAAAUAUACAUAUAUCGCCUUCAUCGCCCUUUUCGAGCUUGGCUCAUUAGUAUGCGGUGUUUCAACGUCUUCCAAUAUGUUUAUAGUAGGAAGGGCCAUCGCUGGGAUGGGGAGUUCUGGCGUGUCGAACGGUGCACUCACAAUAUUGUCCGCCUCUAUACCUCUUGAAAAGAGAGCUCUUUACUUUGGCAUUGUGGGAUCAUGUGGUCAAAUAGGCGUUGUGGCCUCACCAUUGAUUGGAGGUGCAUUGACGGAAUAUGCGACCUGGAGAUGGUGCUUCUACAUCAAUCUCCCCAUCGGCGGGCUGGCGGUGCUUUUUCUUCUUUAUAUAUCACUUCCCGAGCACGGUCUUAACAGACCAGAGCAGCGAUUAGAAAUCGCAUUCGCCUCUCUCUUUUCUGAGCUUGACAUCAUGGGUUUUCUCCUCCUCUCCCCGACCCUCGUUAUGUUUCUUCUCGCUCUCGAAUGGGGCGGAACAACUUACCCUUGGAAUACUGCCAUGGUUAUCGGCCUCUUCUGUGGAUCUGCCGGCAAUCUGGUAUUUUUGUUAAUUUGGGAAUAUAGAAAAGGCGACGCGGCGAUGAUUCCCUUGAAAAUGAUCAAACAACGGGUUGUCUGUUUUUCUUCAUUGACCAUGUUCUUCCUCUAUGCGAAUAGCCUGAUCUGUUCUUACUACCUGGCUAUAUACUUCCAAGGAGUGCGAGGCGAACCACCGAUGUAUAGUGGCCUGUAUAUGCUACCGGGUGUCAUUGCUCAAAUGAUCUCUGGCUUUCUAUCUGGCUUAGCGGUCACCCGGCUUGGUUAUUACCUGCCCUCGGCAGUUACGGGAACAGUCUUAGCCGCAAUCGGAUCUGGAUUGAUGAGUUUAUUUACUCCCCAUACAAGCAUGGGUAAAUGGAUCGGGUAUCAAAUAAUCGCCGGUGUGGGGCGUGGUUGUGCUCUACAAAUGCCUCUCAUAGCAGUCCAAAACAAUGUGCCUCCCUCCAAAAUCGCCGUCAGCAUGGCCUUUCUCUAUUUCUGCCAGAACUUCGGUGGGGCAUUGUGGCUUUCCUUCGCUAGCACAGUCUUCAACACCGGUCUUGCAAACCUUCUACCCAUCUACGCACCAGACGUUUCUGUUUCGGAAGUCACGUCGGCUGGUGUAUCUGGAAUGCGAUCGGUGAUCCCGCAUUCUAGUUUGAAUGGUGUGGUUAUAGCUUAUAAUGAUGCUAUUCAGCACGUUUUCUAUAUGGUUGCUGGGACUGCGGGGGCGGCUUUUGUAUUUAGUUGGGGCCUAGGAUGGAAGAGCGUUCAGAAGAGGAGAGCCUAGCCUGAGGUUGAGAGUCUAGUGAUGAAUGUUUUGACAGAUUAAAUUGCGCACGCUCCACGUUGGCGCUUUGUUAUGAUUAUGAGCGAGGUCAUAGGGAGACUUAGUCAUGGCAUCAUCUUACUGUAUCAUGUACUCUAUAUCCGUUCAGUAAUUCCACAACAUCGUGUAUUCCAAUAGAUAUAACAAGGAAUGUCAUGACUGCGCAGAGG